UGCUGCUCAGUUACCGUGCGUCUCACAGAUAGAUCACUUUUAUUUGCGUUCAGCGCGAGAAAUAAUACUUUUUCGUCAUGUAUGGCGUCAAAUAGUCCAACUUUGUUGUUUGUAUUUAGCUAAACAUUAGCCUCUUUUAAUUGUCCAGUAACAAGCGUUGCUCUCUGGAGACAGGACAACAGAAAGCAGCAGCAGAAGAGGGAUGUUCACAGUUAUUACACACAUCAGCAAUGGAGAAUGACGGUGAAUUAACACAGGAUGAGGUGUCCAAAUGCCUGUACAACCUGGGUCAUUCGGCAACAGGACUCCAGCAUACGUACCUGUGUCUCUCUGUGCCAGGGCACGACUUGAAAAAUGUGUCCAUUUUAUGCAAUUAUGUCUAUCUUCAAAAGCUAGAGCUUCCCAACAAUAAAAUAAAAGAUUUAUCCUGUGUGAGUCACAUGCCACACCUCAUCACACUGGAUGCUUCCCACAACCAGCUCACAGAUUUCUUUGGAUUCCAGCCGCCAAAAAAUCUCAAGGAAGUGAAUUUCUCACACAACCAGAUCUCAGUAAUGAAAGAUCUCUCUGAGUAUUCUUCUUUGACCAAACUGAUUCUUGACUAUAACUCUUUUAGUGUGAUCAGGGGCUUGGAAAAGUGUGAAAGGCUCUCACACCUCAGCCUGGCUCAUAACAACAUUUCACGCAUUAGAGGCCUGAACCAUCUACCCCUCAGAGAGCUGUGCCUGAAGGGGAAUGUCAUACAAAAUAUUGAGAAUCUUCAGACUCUACGGAACUUGCAGAUUCUGGAUCUGUCCUGUAACCGAAUUCAAAGUCUUGCUGGUCUCCAAAACCUUCAUCUCCUGGGAGCCAUCAACCUUGAGAGCAAUCUGAUCAGUGAAAUAAAGCAAGCCUCACAUUUGCAUUUCCUCGUUUUGUUGAGAGAUCUGAAUCUCCUAAAAAACCCAGUCCAGGAUCAAGAUGACUACAGAAUGGCUGUGAUCUUCCUUCUUCAGCACCUCACUUUUCUUGACCAACAGACUGUAACUGCUGAAGAGAAGGUGUCUGCUGUUAACAAGUAUGGCCCCCCUCUAGAGGUGGUGGCUGCCAGAGAUCACAUGACACACUUGGUGUACCAGCUCAUGCAGCCGCAGGUUAUAUUUGACAGUACUCUGCCCAGUCUGGAUGCUCCCUACCCCAUGCUGGUCCUUACUGGCCCACAGGCCUGUGGAAAGAGGGAACUUGCCCAUAAGUUGUGCCAAGAAUUCAGCGACUAUUUUGCUUAUGGUGCCUGCCACACCACCAGGGGGCCCUAUUAUGGGGAAGAGGAUGGCUCAGACUAUCACUUUGUUCCUGAGGAAGAAUUUCAAAACAUGAUUCAAAUGGGUAAAUUUGUCCAGACAAUGCAAUACGGAGGUCAUUGGUAUGGUCUGUCUCGGGAGUCCAUUGAGUGUGUGGCUCGUGAGGGUCUGGCCUGCUGUGUACACAUGGAACUAGAGGGCGUGUAUAGUUUGAAGAACUUGUAUUUUGAGCCCCGUUACGUGUUGCUGAUCCCCACUACUGUUGAUAAUUACAUCUGCUCUUUGAAAGCGAGAGGAUUCUACAGUAACGCUCAAAUGGAAACAGCCGUGUCUCGCAUUGACUUGUACGCCAAGACCAACAGAGAAAAGCCCGGCUUCUUUGACAAUGUUAUCCCUUCUGAUGAUCGUGCUGAGGCCUACCGGACUUUAAAGCUGCUGGUGAAGGAGUACCUGGGUUUAGAAGAGCAUGAAAAAAGAGAAGAAGAAAGUAGCUCAGUCACAUCUGACAACAACUCCACUAACGGAACAGGUAAGUUACUGGCAGCCAACACAGAGGAGGCCACUGACCUCAUGGACUCCUACACCAGAAACUACCUGAACAAAAUCCAGGCCAAAAUGACUCCUCAACGAAACCCUGCAGAAAUGACGUCUAGACGGGAGCAGCUAAUUCGGGAAGCGCUGAGUGGAAAGAAUCCUGGUGCUUAUGCAGAGCUGUUUCAGAGGAGUGCACCAACAGCUUCAUCAUCAUUAGCAUCUCACUCCCGGCCUCCACAUGGCCCCUCAUCUUCCCCAAUGCAUCCAGUUGUCCUCAGCGGUCCUGACCUCGAUGGGGAUAGCAGUGCUGAGGAAUCUCAUGUCAGUUCUGGCCUGUCUAUGAGGAGCUCUGUGGGAGCACUCUCAGCGGAAAGUCCAGCCAGAGGAUCAGAUGCUGGGUCAGGGCCCAACAUUGAGCCUUUGGAUAUGUCAGUGUUGGGGCUGGACCGAGACUCCCUUAGAGGUCACAUGGACUCUGGCCUGACCCUUGAUUCUCCUCGCUCGGCCUCCGAGCGUGUCUCACCAACACUCCCCUCCUCCCCGGGCCGUCCAGGUGCCAACGCCAAACCAGUCCUGCCCCCCAUCCCAUCUGGACGUAAGACCAAUGAUUCCGGUCCAAAACAGUGACUGCCAGGAUAGAGAGGUAGUGGAGGGAUUGUAAAAUUAUAGAUAAAGGGAAAUAAAUUUUAGGACCUCAUGUUAAUGUUGUGUCUGUCCUGUUAGUAGUGAAAAUAUCUAAAUGGCAUCCUUACCAUUUUUUAGUAAAAGUAUUUAAGUUUAAUUAACCCUUAACCCUUGGUCAAACAUUUUUGUCUGCACAGUUUUGGUCACACUUUACACUACAUAUAUUACAUAUACAGACAUGUUACAGUGUAAUUACAAAGGAAGUUCUGAGUUAUAGUAAAGAUCAAGUUAUAAUUGAUAUUAUUUCACCGCUCUGUGGGAUACUUGAUUCUGAUUUGUCAGUUGCAGUAUUCAGCACUUUUGCAUUAUAAUUGUGUAACGGACUGUUGUCCCAGGCAAACGAUUUUAUUAUUAACUGUGCUUGCUAUUUCUUCUCGCAUAAUCAAAUAAUUUAUACUCAAAUACAUUUUUAAUGUCCAUUAGUUUAUUUAUUUGGUAAUUACCCAUGGAAUAAGUAAGAAGAUGUGAAGUCAGAGAGUCAGUCAUUAACACAAAUAAAUCCUGGCAGGGUGAUUAGGACCUUGAUGUUGUCCUAUUUACAAUUAUACACAUAAUAUAUGCAACAUGGACAUGUGCUGUAAAGUGUUACUCAAAUGGAAUACUGUUUUCACCAGUGAGCAGCUGGAGAAUGUUGUAUUUGGUUAGAGAGAGUUUUCUGUCUGAGUGCCUGUAAUUAAUGUAUCUCUUGGUUCUGACACACAUAACAAAGGUUAAGCUGCCAUUAUUUUUAUAGUGUAUGUAUCCUUAUCUGUUCAAAUGUUGAACCACUCUAUAUGUAUAAAUACCUACAGAAACCAAUGUUGGAUUUCAUGCAAGAGAUCAUUGUGGAUUUACAGUAAAUUACUCAACCCCUUGUUAAUAUGAGGAAAUACAGUAUGAGACAGCUGUAUACAGGUUUCACUUGACGCAAGUUGCAUUUCAUUUCCCAAUUCAUUUUUCAUCAGUGAAAGGUAUGUAUUGUGGGUGAGCUUGUGUGUGGAUCUGUUUGUACACACACCUGGCCGUCCAUCAGCGUCAGUCCCUCUAACUAGCAGAUGUUGCAAUGAUCUCAUAAUUCAGAAACAGUUUCAGACAAGACGGCUCACAGUACUGUGAGAGCCUUCAGGCAUAACCUACUUAAAGAGAGAUUCUUCACACCUUAGUUACCUUAUCACCCAUAUCUAAAUCCCAUCUUUCUCUCUCUUUCUGUCUCUUAAUACUUCACAAUAAUCUAAUAUGCGCAAUUGUCCUUUCAAAAAAUGUGUACUGUGGAAGUUUGUGUAAAUAAAGGUGUGAUGUAAUUUUUGUGAUGGAAAAUAAUGACUGUUUUCAAACAGGUUUCAGAAACAGUAAAUGAAUGAAAGAAUUAGUCAGUUAUGCUGUCAUUGUUUUUGUGCGUGCACUAAAAAUGGUGUAAUAGCUUUUGUAGCCUAACAUAUUCAUAGUAUCAAAAUGAUUUUUUCCACACACAUGAUUUUAGUCUUCAAACAUCCAUAACCUGCACCCUGAAAAUCAAGAUCAUAUCUCAAUCAUAUCACAAAUUUGUCCACAUAAAAUGAUCCAGAGCAGCACUGGAAGACACAGAAACCAACAUAAAUAAUUUUUUAAACUCUAAAUAGAGCUGUUGUAUUUUUUCCUUUAAGCUGUGGUCUGUGAGUGUUUGUAUUAGGUCAGGCAUGCAAGUGUCACAGUAAAUACCUAUAAUUGCUGUUGAAAGUUAGAAUGGUGUUUAAGUAGCUUGCUUAUGGCCAAAAUUUCCUGGUUAGAUUUUAACCUGGUUUUAGAAUGGAAGUUUAUGUCUCCACAAUGUAGAGUUGGGGUACUUGAGUUCGAACUCCGACUCGAGUCCGUGUCACAAGUCCAAUUUGAAUGGACUUGGACUUGUCUUGGUCUCAUGGAUUUUUACUCUGACUUGACUCGGACUCGAGCCUUUGAAAAUAAAAACUCUUUUUCAGAGUCCAGCCGAGUCAAUGGCAUUUGAUUUGUGAUACAGUGAACAAAGUAAAUAAAUAAAAAUAACGAAACCAAAAUAAAUAGACACUGUCUGCAAGCAGUAGUAACAUCCCCUGAUGUCGUAGCCAGAGUUUGUUUCACCAUGUUGAACAAACACACCUGCAGAGUGGCACACUCAGUCAACCAAUAAGCUUGAAUGUUACUACAAAGACUGCUAUAACAUCGAUUACUGAGUUGGCUGGCAUGACGAACACAAAGACAGGUAUGUAGCCAAUGUACUAGAAAUAACAAGGCAGUUUCUCACGGGACCUGACAGCUGGUAAAAUCACACGCAGCGUUUGUGUAGCCUAGACGGUGCUAGCAUCACGGUUUCAUCAUGGUUAAGAACUUCAUUAAGUCAAGUCACCCACAUAAUGUCUCUCACAGUUUACUAAAACAACAUAUCAAAAUAAAUAUUCAGAAAAAUAUUAUUAAUAUUGGCCUAUUAAGUCUUUUUAGGCAUAAUGUAUCCACAGAUGUAGGCAUCUUGUGGACCACUUUGAAGUUUGUUCAGCAGGAUACUAAUCAUAAAAUAUAAAGUUGUUUUUGUUACAUUUCUAUUAUAGUUGUGAAAGUAAAAAUACGUUUAAAAAAUGUAUGUUGGGUUUACGGUUACAAUUUGAAUUCCAAUUCAUGAACAGAUUCAUUCGUACUCAAAAUGGACUCGGUCUUGAGUCCGACUCGGCCCGUUUGUACUCGGUUGUUUAAAGACUCAGACUUGACUCGGACUCGACUAAAGUGGACUCGAACCCAACUCUACUACAAAGCUUGGGGACUGGAUAGGGUUAUUUCCUCCUUUAAAGUGGUAAGGAUAUACUUGGAACUGGCUUUAGGUUAUGAAGCUUAAAUUACUUGUUUAAGCAUAACUUUGAUUUUCUCUGUAAACUGUUUGUGAACGUUUGUGAAAAUUACACACAGGCAAUUGUCCUUUGUUUUACAGUAUGUAUAAUGUACACACACAUACAAACUUUUACAUUUAUAACUUUGUA